AUGUCUAUCCCAACCAGCGAACUCGUCAUUUUUGACACUACAGAAGCGAUUCGUAAGGAUCGCUCAAUUUUGAAACCUGCAUUCGAGCUAGUUUCAAAGUCUAGAUGUGCGCCUGCCUACGUUGGAAUCCAGAUCGAGAAUCCUGCUAAAGGCUAUGUCUUCAUGAACUGGGACAGCCUAGCACACCAUCAAGCGAUGCUGGCUUCCCCUUCGUACCCGAACCUGCUCGAAGCUCUGAAACCUGGAUAUGGGGGCUGGUCGAAGAUGUACCAUGUGAUUUUUAAUGCCCAGCCCGUCGCAGUCAAGCAGCCUGUCACGGAAGUUCUCCUCCUUACUCUUAAGAACCCCAGUAACCGCACAGAGGUGUUUGACAUCCUCACCAAGUUCUCGGACUCAACUAAGAAGAUGGCCGUAUUUGGUCCUACACUGGAAGAUAAGAAUGUGAUUAUUCUCGUUGCUGGUUGGCGGAGCGUUGAGGUAUGCGUGGAGAUUAUUGCAAUUUUAGACAUACUGAUGCCGUCGACUUCUAGGCUCAUUGGGAGGCGGUCGCUAAGCCUGAGACGAAAGCUGCGCUUGAACGGUUGUACACUCUUGCCAACAAGGACCAUCUAUUCCACACCAGCCUCACCUCUUUCACGGGAAAGUAGGGUUUGUCUCUUGAGGAUACUGAAGUCGAAUUCAAAGCAUGUAAUACUAUAUUCUAAGUUUCUGGAAAGCAUACCCAGACCUUAUAAGCCCA